CCACGACCAAAAGGACAUCUGCAAAGGGGCCCAGGAUGAGUGCGGCCAUGGACAAGGCAGCCCUCGAGAAGCAGCAUCUCAAGCAAAACAGAGAAAUCAUCCGCAUCAACCACCUUCAAGCAAACCGCAUCACAGCGCUCGAACAGCAGCUGCAGCGCAUCAUGGCCGAAAAUCUUGAUCUGCACUCUCGUCUCAUCGCAGGGGAUGUCAAGGCUCGUCAAGCAAGUCAACUCCAUGCUGCCAUGGAGAGAUAUGCAAAAGACCUGUAUAAAGCCGCAAAGGCAGGGUCCGCUCUGUUCAGUACAGCAGCAGCAUCAACACCUGCACCAGCCAGUACUAAGCUCGAAAGUCCAGUGACGGCGAGUACGCGUAAAUUACUCAGUGCAGGGCCCGUUGCACCACCAUCGCCUUCGCCUGGCCAGCACAUGAAACGAUCUCCCAAGAAGAACAAUCUGCUCAGUGUCUCUCCUGAGCGCAUCGAAGGGUUUCCGGGAGCCGCCAGUGUUUCUCGAGCUGCAGGUCUCGCAACAGUGCAACAGCCUGUGAAUGAGGAAGCGGCAUGGAGUGCAGAUAGCGAAGAACAGGCAGACCUGGAAGCUGCUCAGCAACGAGAAGCAGCACUCCUUGCAGCGGCUACUGAGCGUGAAGAGGAACGUGGCAGAGAUAUGGAGCGGGAAGCACGUCGGGCUGCUCGAAGACAACAUCGAACGAGUGGGGACACGGCAGCCCUCGUACAACCUGUCGACUCUCGUCGUGCCGAGCAGUCUGUCGAAUCAAGAGAACGUGCACAACAACGAGCACGUCGCAAGUCGCAUUCGCUCAGUAGCACAUUACUACAAGAUGAUGCUGAAAAGGAAAACCGAGCAGACUCAGUGGGCCGUCUGGAUCCGUUGGCCGAACGCAUGGCCCAACUUCAUGUGUCCCCUCGCAAGAAGGCUCGGCCGGCCUUGCAAAUCUUAUCGGACCCCAGCGUCCCUGAUGCUCGAGCGAAUCGCCUACCAAUGCCAGCGCUGUGUUCGCCGAAGAAGAAUCAAAGCCUACGACAAGUCCCAGAAGGUUUUGUCAAGGCUGAGCCGUGUUCACCACAAAUGCUAGUGAUGCCGAGGAGUGAAGACGAUUUGGGCAGUGAUGAGGGAACAGGUCGUUCAAGACGUGGCAAGGCGGUGAAUUAUGCUGAACCGUCCUUGCGUGCCAAGAUGCGCAGGACGGAGAGUCUACCGGGUGAUAAACGACGAAAGAGUACCUAUCGACGCUCCUCGGCCAGUAGCGCGGAAAUGAUGCAGCGGGCUACGGCUGCUGGCAAGGAGUGUAUCAGCAUCGAUGAAGAUUGAUGCCGCUGGUGCGUCUACGCCGUAUUAGAUGUCUGAGUGCUUUCUAUUGUACAACAUUCUCAACAGAUUCUUGUUCUUGUGCUGCAAGGUACAGUUGUCGUGCAUACUCGCCUGCGAGUCCAGCAGCAACGAGCCAGCCAACAUAUUGACUCCGUUUGAACCAUCGUCCACAAUCUUGUACAUUCGCCACAUCGACUUUGUAGAUCAUAUUCGCUGUAUACAAAGCAGCAAGCGUUGUGCCAGCAAUAUACGGGCCAUUCGCAAGUUGC